CAUCAUCAAAUAUGGCCGACGAAGAAAACACAAACAUGGAAGUGGAUAAGGAAAAGAAUAAGCCUUUUUCUAACAAAGCUAUGCCUCUCUUUGACGAAGUUAUCCAAAGAAUAGGCAGCCAAAACAAUGUCGAACAUAAGACGGAUGCCGGUGAAAGCUGCGCCACCGCGGAAUACUGUGAAAAGCUCCAGGCGUGGAUGUGGCAGUAUUACACUGGGUAUGUGAGCUGGCAGAGCUGGCUUGCAGCGUCAGCCAUGGCCUACCCGUAUUAUCUUCAGUCAGGCAAUGGCACGUCGAUGCCCCCUCUUGAUUUAAAUUCCCAGAACUGGUUCAACUCCCCGCUCGGUUUGCCUUUGUCGCCUUAUCCUCCGGCCGCCGCCUCUCCGAGCAGCCGAGCAGGUGAAGCCGCUGCCGGGGCCGCAGUGCCCACUCAGCCGCAGCAACAUCCGCAGGAGAACGGCAACGCACAGAGACCCGGUAGGGAGUACAGUAUUCCUUCACCUCUACAAAGACUCCUGGCUGAAAUGGUGGAUUUCUUCAUAUUGUUUUUUAUCAAAGCAACUAUUAUAAUCAGUAUCAUGCACCUGAGUGGAAUCAAGGAUGUUUCCAAGUUUGCCAUGCAUUUUAUAGUGGAAGAAAUAGAUGAGGACACAUCAAUGGAGGAGCUACAGAAAAUGAUGCUUGUAGCCCUUGUGUACCGGAUAUUAGUGUGUUUUUAUGAGAUUGUGUGCAUUUGGGGAGCAGGAGGAGCCACUCCAGGGAAGUUUCUCAUGGGACUAAGAGUUGUUACAUGUGACUCAUCCGUCCUGGUUCAACCUAACAGGGUGUUUGUUGUACCAGCAACUAAUGUGUCUUUGUCUGCAUCAACUGUUCGAGCCUUGAACAAGAACUUCUCAAUUGCCUUCUUCUUCCCAGCCUUUAUCACUUUGCUGUUCUUCCAGCACAACAGGACUGUGUAUGAUAUGGUAGCAGGUACCAUUGUUGUCAAGCGCUCCAGGGCCAGAUGACCAAAACGUACCAAAAAAACAGUCCUGUGAUAAGGCUGAGCAGGUCCUCCACCAUGAUUUUUUAAAAGAAAUUUUGCAGAACUUGGCAGAUUGUGGCAGUUUGAUAUCCUUCAGUAUGAACUAUGUCCCCUCUCUACAUUUGCAUUUGGUUGGUCUCUGAAACAGUGUUACUGCAUGUAUGUCUACAUGCUGCUUUCAGAAUUUGCUCCUGUGCCAAACCGAUGUCUCUUUCAAAGACUAGAGAAAUGAUGGUAUAUGCCGAGUUUUAAUUUUUACAGCAUUUACCUAUUUUUCAUUCUCCACAUCAAUAGAGAAUGUCUUGUAUAACUCAGUAUUUAAGUUGCUAAUCAUGCAUUAUGAGAUUAUACUCUUAAUAUCUCUUUGUAUUUAAAAAGUUGUGAGUUGUACACUCAGACAUUUCAUCUUGAGUUCUUAAUCCCUGUCACACAUUAAGCUCAGCUCCUCUGCUGCUGAAACACUUAUUUGGAAAAGUUAACCUGAACACUCUGGUCUUUCUUUACUCAGCAUGUGUGUGACUGAAAAGUAAAUGUAUUACACAUUGAUUGGUAACAUUUUUUUCCAUUAACAAGAUUAAAUUAAACAAUCACUAAAUACUCA